CAGUCAUGGCCAGCUCAUAUCAGCAGUAUGUCUCUUCCUGGCUGGGGCUGGUUCUCUUCAGAUUCACCCUGUCUCUCGACCUCCUCUACCCGCUUUCAGGUGCUCUUCCCUUGGCUACACAUGCCGAAGGCUACCCAAAAGAGGGCCAUGAGGUGGUGAGAGGGAUGUUCUCUCGGCCAGUGCUCAGUGUGGGUUACCACAAGAUCCUGGAGAUCCCUGCUGGAGCCACCAACAUCCGAAUACAGGAGACUGUGAAGAGCAAAAACUACCUGGCCCUGAGGACUCGGGGCGGUGUCUCUAUCGUCAACGGCAACUGGGCUAUCGACCGUCCAGGGAUGAUCGUUGCCGCAGGAACCCAGCUUAUGUACCGUCGACCAAAUGAAGUCCGUUCCAGAACCGGAGAGUCCAUCACCGCGCUGGGACCCACCAAGGAGGAGCUACAUCUAUAUUUGAUCUACCAGCAGCCAGACCCCAGGGUACUGUAUGAGUACAGACGUCCACACAACGACACACACACCGACCCAGAGACAUACACACACCAGAACACACUGCCACUGGUUGAGAUUGUUGGGACCACCCACUCAGGAAGUGAUGACACUGUCACCAAUGGAAUGGGUGUGUCCGUUGAUGAUGUCAGUCGUGGGAGGAGCCAUCCCAACCAGGUGACAUCUAACCCUGCUGUGAACCCUUACAGCUUGGCUCCUCCCUACAGCUGGGUGAAGACCGGACACACAACAUGCAGCGCCUCCUGUGGCGGGGGUAGACAUCGAGUGCAGUGGGUGUGUGAAGAAACAGAAAGCAAGACAACAGUGUCAGAUGACCUCUGUGGCCCCGCCCAACGACCUCUGAACCAGGAAGUUGAUUGUAAUACUCACCCUUGCCCUGCCUUUUGGGACCUGGGGGAGUGGUCAGAGUGUAGUAGACCCUGUGGCCCGGGUUCACAGCAUCGGCAGGUCAUCUGUCGCCAGGCUCCGGGCAACCAUAGCAACAGCAUGGCAACACUGAUCCCUGUGGACGUGGCACUGUGUGGGGAUUCUGACCGGCCAGAGACGACAACUUCCUGUCAGCUUAAGAUCUGCAGCGAGUGGCAGAUACGCUCUGAGUGGAACCCAUGUUCUGUGCCAUGUGGCAUCGGUCAGCGGAGCAGGAACGUGGUGUGCGUCGGUAACCACGGCGACGAGGAAGAGGAGGAGGAGUGUAACAUUGGGGUGAAACCAGUCGCCCUACAGAACUGUGACAUGGGGCCCUGCGCUCACAGCUGGUUCACCUCUCUGUGGAGCGACCAGUGCUCUGCAGAAUGUGGGCGGGGAAGUCGUAGUCGCUCGGCAGUGUGCCUGCUGGAUCAUGUGAGCAACCUGCCAUUGGAUGGCUGUGAAGGGACACGCCCACAGGAAGUGACAUCGUGUGAUGCCGGGCCGUGCCACCACCGCCUGGAGUGGUUCACUGGACCUUGGGGACAGUGUUCAGCAGAAUGCGGGAAUGGAACCCAAACUCGAGGCGUGGCCUGUUUACUCCGUGACGACAGUCUCCUGGAGGUAGUCGACCAAUCAAACUGCUCCCACCUGGUUCGGCCAAUGACCUCUCAGCGCUGCCACCUGAAGGGGUGUGGUGUGCAGUGGUAUGUCACGGACUGGAGCAUGUGUUCUCGCUCUUGUGGCGGAGGGUAUCGUGUGCGAGAGGUGCGUUGCCUCACCGACUCUGUGACCCCUAGUGACCUUUGCGAAUCCAGUUUGAUGCCAGAGAAUCAAGAGGAGUGUAAUACUCAGCCAUGUCUGCCUGACACAGAUUCAUCGUGUCAGGACCAGUACUAUAACUGUGUGAUGGUGGUCCAGGCUCGGUUGUGUGUUUACCCCUACUACAGAACAACAUGCUGUGCCUCGUGCCGCAAAGCCCCCCAAACACACACAGUUCACAAGAAUCCCCUCCAUGGGGGAUGACCUCACACACGCGCCCCAGAAACCGUACGUAACCAUAGCUGUCGUCAUGGUUACUACCAGCUGUUCUGACAUUUGUGGCUGCUCAAACCAACCAACCAUUGUCCUCUGUGAAGUCACGGUUAAAUACAAACUGUUUAUUAACAAACAUUUCACCUCAGCGUACAGAAAUCAAAUUAACAACACAGAAGCGGAGUUCAGCCUGAAAAACAGAACUUCAUCUGGAGGUUCAGCCGGAAAUACAGACACACCAGACCAGGGAUAUUUGCCAUGUUCCCAACCUUUUUGAUGCCCAGAUUUUAUGAUAUAUUCCCCACGGAUUCAGGAAUAUUUCAGCUGGAAUAACCACCAUCUGUUCCAUAGUCUCUGAAUAAACCCGUCGCUAAGACAACCAUCUGUUCCAUAAUCUCUGAAUAAACCCGUUGCUAAGACAACCAUCUGUUUUAUAGUCUCUGAAUAAAACUGUCGCUAAGACAAC